UGCACGUGAACGCGCUGUCACGCUUCGAACCCUAAAAACAAGGGAAAAGGUCGGUCACCGAAGAUAUUUUUCCCUCAAAGAACCACCGCCGAGUCGGUUAUUAUAUUAAAGCCCCGACCUUUACUCCGUUUCUGUUCUCCCGUUCCUGUCUUUCUCGUUAAUUGAAGUUAUUGUAAGAUCCGGAAAUUCGAAACUAAAGGCGGGUUAUUUCUGUUAUGGCUGGUCAAAGAAACGAUUACGGUAAAAGAUCCCAUUUUCAAUCUGAUUACGUUGGGAAUGGAGGAGGAGGGGGUAAAAGAAGGAAUGCCGGGGAGGAAAGUGAACAGCGUGGGAUUGGCCCCGAAGACACGGUUUACCGAUAUCUGUGUCAUGUGAAGAGGAUUGGGAGUAUUAUAGGGAGAGGUGGUGAGAUUGUGAAGCAGUUGAGGUCAGAUAGUAAGUCGAACAUUAGGAUUACUGAGGCUAUGCCGGGUUGCGAGGAGAGGAUUGUUAUGAUUUACAGUUCGAGUGAGGAAAUGAAUCCGUUUGGUGACGGGGAUGAGCUUGUUUCACCUGCUCAGGAUGCUUUGUUUAGGGUACACGAUAGGGUUGUUGCGGAUGAGUUGCCUGGUGAUGAGGAUUUGGAAGAGCAGACUCAAGUGGUUACUGUGAGGAUGCUUGUGGCAUCUGAUCAGAUUGGUUGUGUAAUUGGGAAAGGUGGUCAAGUGAUUCAGAAUAUAAGGAGCGAAACGCAUGCUCAGAUUCGGGUUUUAAGUAAUGAGCAUUUGCCUCUGUGUGCUUUGAGCUCUGAUGAGCUUCUUCAGAUUAUUGGAGAGCCCUCAGUUGUGAGGAGGGCUCUUUAUCAUGUGGCAUCCCGUCUUCAUGACAAUCCUUCAAGAUCCCAGCAUCUGCUUCUCUCCUCUCUAUCUAAUGUGAAUCAACCUGGUGGGACGUACAUGAAUGCUCCCCUUAUUGGUUCUUACGGCAACUACUCUUCUAGAAGAGAUGAUGCUUCUGCAAGGGAAUUUUCUCUUCGUUUGGUAUGCCCGGUCGGAAAUAUUGGAGGUGUGAUUGGAAAAGGUGGUGGUAUUAUCAAACAGAUUAGACAGGAGUCUGGGGCAUCCAUUAAAGUUGAUAGCUCUGCAGCUGAAGGAGAUGAUUGCAUUAUAUUCAUAUCUACAAAAGAGUUUUUUGAAGACCCAUCUCCUACCAUCAAUGCUGCUCUGCGCUUGCAAUCACGAUGCAGUGAAAAAACUGAAAGAGAAUCAGGUGAUUCUGUAAUAACCACCCGCCUACUUGUGCCGAGCUCACAGGUUGGAUGCCUUAUUGGUAAAGGUGGGGCAAUAAUAUCUGAGAUGAGGAGUGCUACUAGGGCAAGUAUUCGAAUACUUUCAAAGGAAAACCUUCCCAAAGUUGCAUUUGAAGAUGAAGAGAUGGUGCAGAUAACUGGAGGUCUUGAUGUUGCUAGCAAUGCCCUUUCGCAAGUAAUAUCGCGGUUGAGAGCUAAUAUAUUUGAAAGAGAGGGAGCACCGGCCACGUUUUUGCCUGUUCUCCCCUACAUUCCCAUGUCAUUAGAGAUGUCAGAUGGUUCAAAAUACGGGAACAAAGAUGGUCAACCACGUAAUCGUGGAUACUCUUCUUACUCAGGGGGAUACAGCUCUGGUGAUUUGUCUGCAAGCGACAGUUAUGGAAUAUAUAGUGGUUCACUUAGUGGAGGUGACGUCUAUGGAUCUCAUGGUGGUCGUAAUUCUGGCCGGGGGUUGUCCAAUCAAAACCCAGUUUCGCAUAGGAAGCAUGGGUAUUAGUCCCAGACUUUGCAGGUAAGUUUUGGAGGCUGUGUUGUGAAGAGAAAGCUAGAGAGGGAGAUAAGGUUAACCUCAAAUGGAAUCAAUUGAAGGGGUAGGUUUAUUCUUGGUAUUCCUCAUGCUCUUAUUUGAUAUUGCUGUAAGCAACUUUAGUUGUUUGUGCACUUGGCAGGUGGUUUUUAUCGUUGACUUCCUCUGGCAUUGGGAGCAGGUAAGCUAUAUGUAGUAACUGGUAAGUGGCUUUUGUAGUCAAUUGGAAUCUGGUUGUACUUGGGAUAUACACUGAACAAAAUUGGAGCAAUAUAACAGAAAUAGAAAGAUGAAAUGUGAAAUGAUUUUUUAAUUUGAAGUGAAAAAAAUGAUAGUCAUUUUGAACCUAAAAAAAUAAAAUCAAAUGAUUGAAAAGGUAGUUCAUUGAUAUUUUUCUAAUUCUUUAAAAACCGAUGAGAAAUAGGUUGACGCGUCCCAUAGUUGUAGCAUAAACAGCUUUAGUUUCUAAGACGAGUCAGGUAGUGAUUUUAGGGAAAUGGUUGCCACAACUAGGGAGUUUCCAAUGAUCCUGGGCAGUGAGAAAAUUCUGAACGAAAAUAAUGGUAACAAUAAUUUCAGACCUGAUGAUUUGUCUGGUUGUUGAACAUUACAAUUACUGUUCCAGGGCUAUAUGUUUGCACAAUGUUCCCAGACAAGUCUCCUUCUAACCUUGCCUUUCUUCAUCACAACAAACACAUGCUGAGGAGAUUGCCUUUUACUUAAUCCUUAGAAUACUAGAAAUUGUAGAUACUUAUAUAUAUGCAAAAGAAUGCUUGAAUCGUACAACUUGAAUAUAUUUCUUAGUAUUGUUAAUGCUUUGUUGCUGAUUUUCUCUGUAUCCAUUUAUCUUUUUUACUGCUAUCUUUCAAUUACUAAUUCUCGUAUGUGGUAUCUCCCAUGCACAAACCGGCUUGUGGCAGUUAAAAAUUGACCCAGACAUUAACUCAUAUGAAUGUAUAUGCAUGGAUAUUCGAUUUACAUGGGAGUUUUGUUAACAACCAUCAGAACACUUCCUACUGUUUGGAGAAAUAGAAUAAUCUUAGAACCUUCUAAAUAUUGGAGAGUCGUUAUGUCUAGCUCCCAAUAUGGAUAGUUUUAUACACGGAACUGUGGUUUUUAUUACACUAGCAAGUAGCAAGCUUUCUUUUUAUAGUUAUUCUGAAGAUGAUACUCAUAGAAAUCACUUGUUUAUUUUUUUGGCCUUAUGUAACUACAUAAUACAUUACUCUCUUAAGGAUAAUGCUUGCUGACAGGUUUUUCUAUCCGAGUUGGAAUAUUAUUGGCACUUGUGCAAAAUGUCUUCCUGCAUUCUCAGCUUUGGUCACAAUGUUUAACAUGUGCAUCAUGGUUUGUCAAGCUGUUAAUCAAUGCAGUCAAGCAGUUCAUGUUGUCUCAUUGAUCUCAUCAGUCAUUUCAAAACCCUCGAACCCUUGUUAUCAGACAAUUAAAUAUAUGUUGUGAGCUGUUGGUGUACAGAGUUUUUGACAUUUAAGUGCAGUUGAUGUAUCAUAGAUUGAAUCUGAUGAUUCGUUAA